UAGGGAUGUGAAGCGUCCCUUCCUGUUUUACUGGCGAUCAGACAGAAACAUUGACGCUGUGAUAUAGACGCGCGAGGCUCGAUUAUGUCUGGAAACAAACUCCGUAAACGACCGGCAGGCUUUUUGCUGAAAACCAACAAGCAGUAAUGUCGCCUUAUAGGGCGUGUAUGACACUUCACGAGUUAUAGUCUACAAAUAUAUUUUUGUACCGCGCUACUGCUGCAACCCUUGCUCCUUCUGUCAAUGAUUGUCCUACUCAUAUAAGCCUACUCAUGGCGGAGACCAAAAUCAUAUACCAUAUCGACGAAGAAGAAACCCCGUAUUUAGUGAAGCUGACGGUUUCUCCGGAAAAAGUCACGUUGGCGGAUUUUAAAAAUGUCCUCAACAACCGACCUGUCAAUAGUUAUAAAUUCUUCUUCAAAUCUAUGGAUCAGGAUUUCGGGGUCGUUAAGGAAGAAAUUUCGGAUGAUAACGCUAAGCUGCCUUGCUUUAAUGGGAGAGUGGUCUCCUGGUUGGUGUUGGCUGAAGGCUCACACUCAGAUGGAGGAUCUCAGUGCACAGAGAGCCACAAAGAUCUGCCACCACCCUUAGAGCGAACGGGAGGGAUUGGAGAUUCAAGGCCGCCCUCCUUCCAUGCCAACGCUGUGAGUAGUCGGGAUGGAUUGGACACGGAGACGGGCACGGAGUCUCUCCUGAGCCAGCGAAGAGAGAGGGAGAGAGAGCGAGCUCGGAGGAGAGCUCGUGAAAAUGAGUUCCCCCGGGUGAAUGGUCACUCAAAGUCGGAACGUGCUAAUCGUGACCCCGUCUAUGACAGUGCGUCAGUGAUGAGCAGUGAGCUGGAAUCCAGUUCCUUCAUUGACAGUGAGGAGGAUGAGAACGCCAGCAGAUUGAGCAGUUCUACGGAGAGGAGCUCUUCAUCGCACCUCAUGCGCAGACACAAACGUCGACGGCGAAGGCAGAAAGUCACCAAAAUGGACAGGUCCUCAUCCUUCAGUAGUAUUACAGACUCCACUAUGAGCCUCAACAUAAUCACUGUUACCCUCAACAUGGAGAAGUACAACUUCCUCGGUAUCAGCAUAGUGGGUCAAAGUAAUGACAGAGGAGAUGGAGGCAUCUACAUUGGUUCCAUUAUGAAAGGCGGAGCAGUGGCAGCCGAUGGCCGGAUCGAACCUGGAGACAUGCUUUUACAGGUAAAUGAUGUGAACUUUGAGAACAUGAGUAAUGAUGAUGCUGUCAGGAUUCUGCGGGAGAUCGUCUCUAAACCCGGGCCAAUAAGCCUAACGGUGGCUAAAUGUUGGGAUCCCUCCCCUAGAAGCUACUUCACCAUUCCUAGAGCUGAGCCAGUGAGACCCAUUGACCCUGCUGCUUGGAUCUCACACACUACAGCACUUAGUGGGCCUUACCCCCAUUACGAAUUUGAAGACUUCCCUCUGUCGGUGUCUAAGACUGACAUGGCAACUAUAGUAAAAAUCAUGAAGUUACCAGAUUCGGGCUUGGAGAUAAGGGACCGGAUGUGGCUGAAAAUCACCAUAGCCAAUGCUGUCAUUGGCGCUGAUGUUGUCGACUGGUUGUUUUCUCGGGUGGAGGGCUUCAAGGAUCGGCGCGAUGCCAGAAAAUAUGCAAGCAGUUUGCUGAAACACGGCUAUUUGAGACACACCGUCAACAAAAUCACCUUCUCUGAGCAGUGUUAUUACACAUUUGGAGAUUUGUGCCAAAAUAUGGCCUCUCUUAAUCUGAAUGAGGGGUCGAGUGGUGGGGGCUCUGACCAGGAUCAUGGUCUUGCUCCUCUUCCUCCACCAGGCACCAACCCCUGGCCCCUCGGAGGUCAGCCAUACCCUUAUCCAGGGUACCCCGCUCCCUCACCAGGGUUUCCUCCAGGAUACACCGACCCCUGUCACAGUUUUCACAGUGGCAGUGCAGGCAGCCAGCAAAGUGAAGGAAGCAGAAGUAGUGGCUCCAACCCCAGUGCUGGGAAAGAACGAAGGCCCUCCCCUCGCGAGAGGGACCAUAAGGCGCCAUGCUGUAGGGGCAGCGAAACAGAACUUGGCACAUGGGUUGUAAGACGGGCACCCAGUCAGCUGAGUCAUCAAAGCCACCCCCGCUCGGCUGUCAGUCAAGGUCACUCCACCCACAGCUACGCUCCCCCCGGGUUCAGCAUCUCACAGCAUAGCCACGCCUCCUUUUCGUAUAGCCACGCCCCCUUUGUUCAACCCAGUCAUUUGUCUUGUGGCCACAGUGAAAGAAGUCACGCCUCUUCCUAUGGCCCUCCAGGUUUGCCCCCUCCAUACUGCAUUGCUCACCUCGCCCCCAAAGUGGCAGCAAGCAACAGUCCUCCUGGUGCUCCACCCGUUCGGGAGUUAGGAAACGUACCACCAGAACUCACAGCUAGCCGGCAGUCGUUUCAACACGCCAUGGGCAACCCGUGUGAAUUUUUCGUUGACAUUAUGUGAGAGGAGAGUGCCUUCGACGUUUUCUGAGCACAAGGCUUACUUUAUGAAAUCUGCUUCUUGAAUGUUUGCUACUGAUGAUCCCUGCACUGAGAAUGUACAAGCUGAGAGCCCGUUUUGAAUCCUGUAAAGUGUAGCAGUCACCCAGUAAUGAAAAUUCGGUCAUUAUUACUCAGCCAUGGGUCAUGGCAAUACUGUUUGGAAAUAAAGCAUGAGAAACAAAAUAAACACGAUACUUGCCACACUUUACUACACAAUGAAAUUCAUCAGAACUAUAAAAUGACAAACUGUAUGACGAACAGUUUGGGAAAACAUGAUGGGGAGUGACAAAUGACUGAAUUUUCAUUCCCUUACAGGGAUAGUUCACCCAAAAAUGAAAAUAAUGUCAUAAAUGACUCACCCUCAUGUCGUUCCAAACUCGUAAGACUUUCGUUCAUCUUCGGAACACAGUUUAAGAUGUUUUAGAUUUAGUCCGAGAGCUUGUUGACAUCAACAAACAUCAUCAAAGUAGUCCAUGUGACAUCAGUGGGUCAGUUAGAAUGCCUUGAAGCAUCGAAAGUACAUUUUGGUCCAAAAAUAACAAAAAUUACGACUUUAUUCAGCAUUGUCUUCUCUUCCAGUUCUAUUGUAAAGUGCAUGCGCGAGACUAAAGUCACGUGACUGCACUGAUGUGGAGGAUGUGUUAUCCUCAGACAUGUUUGCAAAGUUUUUUUUUUCAAACGUACAGCGUGCGCCUCCCUCAGACUGUAAACGAAGCUCGGGUGCACAAAAAAACUGCUGGGGCGCACCAGAUAACACGUCAGCCACGUCACUGCAGUCACGUGACUUCAGUCUCGCGCAUGCGCUUCAUAACAGACACGGAAGAGAAGAUAAUGCUGAAAAAAGUCGUAAUUUUUGGACCAAAAUGUAUUUUCAAUGCUUCAACACAUUCUAACUGACCCACUGAUGUCACAUGUAUUACUUUAAUUGUGUUUUUAUUACCUUUCUGGACAUGGACAGUAUACCGUACGUAGAUUUUCAAUAAAGGGUCAACAAGCUCGGACUAAAUAUCAAACAUCUUAAACUGUGUUCCUAAGAUGAACGGAGGUCUUACGAGUUUGGAACGACAUGAGGGUGAGUCAUUAAUGACAUUAUUUUCAUUUUUGGGUAAACUAUCCCUUUAAUGUGCAUUCAGUGUUGUUUAGAUCUGUGAAUGACACUAAAAGCACAACUGCACUGCCAAAAGUCUUAUUCUUGUUUUCUUAUGAAAUUAUCUAAACAUCCUAAAAGUAAAAUAUAUUUUGUCACUGGAACUGUACCUUUUAAAAAGAACUAAUAUGUACCUUUGAUAUGCUGUUAUACUCUAUCUAGCAGGGGUCUCCAUCCUUUUUGUGCGCAAUAGCUACCAUAAUGGAUAAAACUAUUUACAGGGCUACUUUUAAGAUACAGUAUACUAAAAACUUUUCGUUUUACUUGUUGAUUUUAUUUUAUUUUACUUGUUGCUAUGUUUUAUCAUUGUUUAAUGUUAACGUACAUAAAAGAGGCAAAGGUAAUAUACAAAUAUGUAAUAAAUACAUAUUAAAAGUGAGGCUAUUGAUAGAACGUGCUUUGGCGGGCAACUCACAGACUCCGUGCGGCCAACCUGGUGCCCACGGGGACAAUGUUGGAGACCACUGCUAUAUACUGAUAUACUCUUUAGGUACUAGUGUUACUUUUUGAAAAGGUACAGUGACAGAUGUCUUGCUAUCAGAGAAAUGUAACAAACGUUUGGGAUGUUUUCGCUUAAAAUAAAGUGUUUGAGAGCGUUUUUCUGGUUUUAAGCAAAAAUAUUCAGUUCAUUUCAAAUUGAUUUCAAUACCAUUUUUUACAAUAUUGCAUUAUACAUCACAAAAUUUUGUUCAGUUUCUCUGAAAUCAAGAUGUAAAUGCUUGUCAAAGGAAUAUACCUUGUUUUAAGGAUUUUUAGAUAACUGCGGAAAACAAGACAAAAUAUGCAGUGUACAGAGUUCAUUUAGACUCUGACAUAAAAACCACAACACUACAGCAACACCGAAUACAAAAGUGACAGGAAAACGCUUUUAACAGGAAGGUCAGUGUACCAGACCGUCUGCUUCUUAAACCCUGCUGCUCUGCAUUUUGCACAAAACACAAUCCAGAUAGACGGUUUACAUGUAUCCAUGUGCUGUAUGAUAUUCGUUUCUUACAUAGUUUCAUUUGACUUUGUAGUAUUCAGAAUUGUCCAGUGACUGACAAUCAGACAUUAUUAAGACAUUUGACAAAUUCAAACAUUACUGAAUGUGCUGUUUACUGCAAGGUUGCAAUUCACACUUGCCAAAACCCUUCAGUAUCACAGUAGCUUGUUGAGCUAUUAUUAAAAUUGUUAAAUAAUGAUCAUGCAAAAAUAAUCAUCUGGAUUUGGUGCUUUUACAACACAAUGUAGUGUCCAUAACUGACUCCAAACAGUUGUCUUAUAUUUACCACUGUAUUAAAAUGCAGUAGUGAGAAUGAUAGUUGGCCAUCAUAGGUGAUGUUAAAACAAAAAGAUAGGCUAACCAAAGUCUCUUGGCAAUCAGUGACUCGUGCUUUGUGUUCAGAAACAAUAGUUUUUCUUUUAUGUAUGGAAAAGGGACAUCAUGUUUCUGGUAAAGUGUGAUGGUAAGGUGUUGUGCAAGAAAAUAUGUCACCGUUGUUAGUAAUGUCCUGUCUGCCUGAGCCGAACAGCAAUGAAAUGCUUUGUUCAGUUCAUUCAAGCACUUUUGGAAUGUAACUGUUCAGCCCUUUAGGGUGAAACACUGAUUGCCGUGAAAGCUGUUUGCUUUAUUGUUUCUUCACAAAAGAGGAAUAAGGAAUUGUAAAUAUAAUAAAUAAAUAAAUAUAUAUAUAUAUAUAAAACUGAGAAAAUAAAAAUGAUGUAUUAAGAAGUG